AUGUCGACUUCGGAGGGAGCCAAAGAAGCUCGCACCCGCGUCUUCUUCGAUGUGAAAAUCGGCAAUAAGGAUGCCGGGAAAAUCGUUUUCGAGCUCUUCAACGACGUUGUCCCGAAGACGGCAGAGAACUUCCGCGCUCUCUGCACCGGCGAGAAGGGAACUACCUCGUCCGGCAAGCCGCUGCACUACAAGGGGUCCGGGUUCCACCGCGUGAUCAAGCAGUUCAUGGUCCAGGGUGGUGACUUCACCGAGGGCAAUGGAACAGGCGGGGAGUCCAUCUACGGCGCGAAAUUCGAGGACGAGAAUUUCAACCUGAAGCACGACCGUCCCUUCCUGCUGUCCAUGGCAAAUGCCGGUCCGGGCACCAACGGCUCCCAAUUCUUCAUAACUACCGUGCCCACCCCUCACCUUGACGACAAGCACGUCGUCUUCGGCCAGGUGCUCAGCGGCAAGUCGAUAGUCCGCCGGCUCGAGAACCUGCCAACUCAUGCGGGCGACAAGCCGCAGAGUGAGGCCAUCAUCGCCGACUGCGGCGAGCUCUCCCCCGGCGACGCCGUCGCCGCCGCCGAAGCCAAGACGGCCGACGCCUACGGCGACAAGUACGAGGACUUCCCCGAGGACGAGGCCACCGACGGCCAGCCGCUGUCGGCGCAGAAGGUGCUCGCCAUCGCCACCGACUGCAAGGACUUUGGCAACAAGGCCUUCAAGGCCGGCGACGCCAGCGCCGCCCUCGACAAGUACCAGAAGGGCAUCCGCUACCUCGACGAGGACCCGGACGUGGAGAACGAGCCCGCCGAGGCCGUCGCCGCCGCACGCGCCCUGCGCGCCACCCUCAACAGCAACGCCGCGCUCAUGGGCAUCAAGCUCGGCGCCUGGGACGACGCCGUCCGGGCCGCCACCGCCGCCCUCGCCGCCCUCGACACUGCGGCGGAUAACAACAACAACAACGGCAACAAUGGCGGCAAGGACCGCGCCAAGGCGCUGUACCGCCGCGGGCUCGCGCACGUGCGCCUCAGGGACGAGGAGUCGGCCCUCGCCGACCUCGAGGAGGCCGCGCGCCUCGCCCCCGACGACGCCGCCGUCCGGAACGAGCUGGCCGCCGUCAAGACGGCUGCCGCCGCGAGGCGGGCGAAGGAGAAGGCUGCGUAUAAGAAGUUCUUUGAGUGA